AUGGUUACUCUUUCUGCCUCCGUCCGGUCCUUGGUGGUCAGUCUCUCCACCUCCGCCACCCCCAGGCAAGGCAACAAUGUUUUCUCGUGCAAUGCCAAGCUUUGGGUUCGACACAGCAUUCCAAAUGACAAAGCGAGAUCUCGCCAUGGUGAAGAAGAUCCUGGAGCAAGAGCCGGAGAUGCUCGCCACGCGUCUGUCGGCGGCAGUGGUCGGCCCGACUGUGAAGUCGACUUGGUGGCUGUGGUGACCAAGGCCGGUAGCUAUCGGACCUUGGUGGUACAGGAUUUUGGUUGGCGUCGGUCGUGUUAA